AUGAAAUCGAUUUGGAAUUCUAAAAGAGGACUCGGAUGGAUUGUUACAGCUUUCUUUAUAGCUGCUGAUAUGGUUGGCGGAGGACUUGUUGCUAUGCCUGUGGCAUUUCUUAAUACAGGUUUGGUGAUGGGAUGCUUUAUUAUGUUAGUUUUGGCAACACUUUUUGCAUACACAGCAUACUUAUUGGGCAUCAACUGGGUAAUAAUGCAAGAAAGAUGGCCAGAAUAUCAGGAACAUUGCCGAAAACCAUAUCCAGAAAUGGCAUUGAGGAGUAUGGGCACAAAAAUGAAGGUAUUUACAUCAUUCAUUGUAUGUGCAACGAUGUUUGGCACGGCUGUUGUUUAUAUAUUAUUAUCAACGAGAAUAUUUCAAUCGUUUCUUGGCUCAAUUUUCGAUGUGCAAAUUCCUUUCUGCCUCUUACUUGUCGUGGUUACAAUAAAUAUAAUGCCUUUGGCAUACUUGAAAUCACCUGCAGAUUUUUGGUUCGAAUUUUCGAUAGACGUUAAUCUCGAAAAGACCAAUGAAAUGCUGGUGGUUAUAAUCUCAUUAGGAUGUACUGUGCUUGCUAUUUUGAUGUCCAUUGGCGGUAUCGCUGUUGAUACGCCUGCGUGUUUCCCUGAAGCAAAAUACCCUCCAUUAUCAAUAUGGGAAACACUCUAUUCACUUGGCACAUUCUUUUUUGCAUUCAGCGGCCAUCAGGUUUUGCCUACAAUACAACACGAUAUGUAUCGACCAAAAGAAUUCACAAAAUCUGUUAUCCUUGGCUUUAUAAUAAUAUCGAUCCUAUACAUGCCAAUAUCAAUUUACGCGUUUCUUGUAUAUGGCGAUAGUAUGAGUGGUUCAGUUAUGGAUUCGAUACAAACACCUGCUGUGCGACAUGUCGCAAAUAUUUCAAUAGCUUUACACUGCAUUCUUGCAUUGAUAAUGAUGGCAAAUCCAUUGUGCCAGCAAGCUGAAGACUUUUUCAAUGUUCCACACACAUUCGGUUUGAAACGCGUAGUUGUUCGGACAUCCAUCAUACUUGCAAUGUUAUUUAUGGCAUUACUUCUGCCUAAUUUUGGACCAUUUAUGAAUCUCGCUGGCAGUAUAACGAAUCUCACCGUUUGUGUUAUAUUACCGAUGCUUUUUAAUUUGUAUAUUGAAGCAUCUGUUGUUGAUCGAAAAAAUGGACAAUAUAAAAUUCCAUCAUUCGCUGAAAUAGUGAAUCGAACAAAUAAAGCAAAGUUGGCCGUUUCGACUUUCAUUGUUGUAACGGCUAUUUUUGGUACCAUUUUAUGCGUCUAUCUGUCAUUAAAAGAAGUGUUAACGGUGCGUUUUACUCCUCCAUGCUUUUUCUCAUCGUUCGAUUCGCGUCAAUUUGGUGAAAAUUUUGAUACUCAUCAUAUUCGUUGUUGUGGUAGUGAACGCAAUAUUCUCUCCAUUGUUAAUUCAACCGGUGUUUGUUAUGCAUAA